GGCACCAAGUCAAAAGCGUCAAGCUUCUACGUUACCUAUUCGUUCAACGCCAAGCCCGGCUUCUCAAACAAAAUCUCAGUCUAACUCACAAGCAAGCAAUGUUCCAGCAGUUUCUCCAGCAGCGG